ACUCGCGGGGUAUGUUGUGUACUGUUUCGCUUUAUUUUCGUCUGUAAUCGUAUUUGUCGAUACGCGUGUAGAUCGAUCAUUCCAUUGUUACGCGGUCGAUCCUUUUCCGAAUCAAAAGUUGCACGUGGGAAUACAGAAAGAACGUUCGGUGAUUUGCUGAACUAAUUCUUGUUUAGGUUUGUUUACUGUUAGAAUCCGCGGUUGAUUCGUUUCCUGCGGCAUUCAAUACGCCCAAGGAACAAUUUAAAGCACUAUUUGGCCAAUACAAGUCGUCAUUGUUUGCUAACCCUUCAAUGACUUGGCGCAAAUAAAACGGAGUGUUCCAAGUGCGAGAAUUCGAGUUUUUUUUCGGUCCAGUCAGUUGUGAAGAGCUUAAAAGAAACCAGUGUUUAUGGAUCCCAAUCGAAGAGCAAAAUUAAUGCCAAUAGCUGAGGUAUAAGGAAAAAAUCCAACGCUGUAUAUACACAGUUCCAGCAUCGAGUCUCAAUCGAUUCCGAAGCGGAAAUUAGCCAACUCUGCUUGCUCAGCAAAUUGCUAACCUAUUACAAUGGCCAUAAAGUAUAAAACCCAUGAUUAACUGGCCACCGCGUCUCCGCUCUAAUCAACAAGUGCGUGUGCCUUAACUAGCUGAAGCUGUGGAUAGUAAGAUCGUGAAGUUUAGCUAUUAGACUAACUACGAAUUAAGGUGAACCAUGAGGAACCGGUGAAGUUCAGUAUAGUCCGGCAGUGCGAUAACGAGUGCAAACGCUAGGGUGACCACUGGCUAGUGGUCUGUUUUGCAGUGCAGACCUAUUUGGGCAAUAUAAACCAACGAAAAAAAUCAUCCUAUAUGGUAAUGGCAGAGAUAGGUGGCCCCUUGGCACACCAACUCAACCCCCUGCAGAACCACCGAGGAGGACUGGUGCAGCCGUCGCUGGUGAUGAACCAUCACCUGGACCCGCUGGACAACGGGGGUGGAACGUGUCAUACGCCGAACAUUCUACCAAAAAAGGAACGCCUCUCGCUGUGUGUUGGUUGUGGCGGUCAGAUUCACGACCAGUACAUCCUACGGGUAGCUCCGGACCUCGAAUGGCAUGCAGCGUGCCUCAAAUGCCAGGAGUGCAGGCAAUUCCUGGACGAGAACUGUACCUGCUUCGUGAGGGACGGUAAAACGUACUGUAAGCGAGAUUAUGUUAGGUUAUUUGGUGCCAAAUGUGAUAAGUGCGGGAACUUCUUUAGCAAAAACGACUUUGUUAUGCGGGCGAAAACGAAAAUCUACCACAUUGAGUGCUUUCGAUGCUCCGCUUGUACGAGGCAGUUAAACCCGGGCGAUGAAUUUGCGUUGCGCGAUGGGGGCGCCCUGUACUGUAAGGAAGACCACGACAUCCUGGAAAAAACCUCCCACAACAGUCUAGUGCAGAACGUGGAGCCGAACAACAACAUCAGCAGCAACACCAAUCAGAAUAGCAGCAGUAACAUUAACAAUAACAACACUAGUUUAAGCAAUAACAAUCACUCGAGUGAACUUGGAUCGAUGUCGGACUCCGGGAGCGAAUCCGGCUCGCACAAGAGCAUGCGAGGCAAGGGACCCAGCGGUCCAUCCGACGGUAAGCCGACGCGAGUGAGAACGGUGCUCAACGAGAAGCAACUGCAUACCCUAAGAACGUGCUACAACUGCAACCCCCGGCCGGAUGCGCUGAUGAAAGAGCAGCUGGUGGAGAUGACCGGCCUAUCGCCCCGCGUCAUACGAGUCUGGUUCCAGAACAAGCGCUGCAAGGACAAGAAAAAAACGAUCCAGAUGAAGCUACAGAUGCAACAGGAGAAGUACUUCCUUGCAAAUCCCCAACAGGAAGGUCGAAAACUUGGCUACGGACUGCAGGGAAUCCCGAUGGUGGCCAGCUCCCCAGUGCGGCACGAUUCUCCGCUGAACCUGCACGGGUUGGAAGUGACCGCCUAUCAGCCCCCGUGGAAAGCUCUGUCCGAUUUUGCACUGCACUCAGAUCUGGACAACAAUGGCGCCAUAAACACCCAUACACCUGCAUUCCAGCAUUUAGUUAAUCAGAUGCACGGCUACGACGUAGGUGUCGAUGGAGGUGGUGGAGGCGGCGGAGGUGGUGGUAUGCCAAUGCCACCACAAGGGCAGGGUCCACCGCUAGUGUCAAACAUAGACGUCAGCGGACACCAUCCCGACAGUACGGAUUCCUACGUGACAUAUCUGGAAAGCGACGACAGCAUACAGGGCAGCCCGUAAAAAUACCCCUGCCGAGGUUGGCCAAUCCUUUUACUUCUAGUAGGACAGACGUUAUCAUUUAUUGGUGCCACAAGCACAAACAACGGCAAUAUCGCAGUGUUGGUCAUUGAUUUCGGUUUUCUUACGAAAAGAUAUUAUGUAUAAUAAUUUAUUCGGCAAUACGUUAAUUUCAAUACCCUCAGAAUUCUAGCCAAUCGUACUUUAAUAGUUGUUUUAAGGUUGUGUCAGCUUCAGAUUGCUCACAUAUACGUGCAAACGCAGUAGAAAACAGUUUCAUUGUAAAUAGUGUAAAAUAACAAUAAAUCUUAAACGUAAGAAAAUGUUAUUUGGGCAUUUUUCCCUCCCUUGAAAGGUAGCAUAAUCAAAUUCAAAGUUAAAAUGGUCUCCUAAGUGUUAAGGCAUUAGUUCGUAAACGGAACCCUUCAUGUAUAUAACGUUUUAAUUUAAUAGUCUUACAAGUCAUCUGAUUGCACGCAAUGAAACAAAGACAAACUACAAAACGUAAAAUACGUAGUCGAAUGUCAAAUCAAACUAGACUUCAACUAUCGUGCAUAAAACAUUAGGGUAUAGAGAGGAAUAACUGUAACUGUAAAAUUAUGAAAUCACUUUUGAGAUUUAAUAUGAAAAUUGCAACUGAAAGCAACAUUAUAUUGUAAAAUAAAACAAAAUUGUACGAUAUAACAGUGUGACUGUAUGGGAAAAUAAACUAGAUCGAUUAAACAAA